AUGACAGCAGUCCCCAAAAUCACAAAUCCAAGUGCGGAGGAGUGGGAGGCACUGCUGGUCAGCGACAGCCGCAAGGGGUGGCUACUGCUGCUGCUGGUCGCAGAGGUGGCGGUCGUGCGGUGGGCCGACACGGACCGCUCCUCGGACGCCCGGAUGUUGCGCCAGAUGGCGCGAGAGGCGGCCAACAAGAUCGACAAGAGGGAAGCCGCCACGCCGCCUCCACGACACCACGUUCAAAUGAAGGGCGGCUCGUACAAGGGCAAGCACCCGGCGGGUUGUCCCGGCGCUCAGCUCCGUCACGUGGCCAGCCGAGGACCGACGGCCAAGUCGCGGCGGAAGGCCCGCGCAGCAAGACUCUUCGAGGAGACCACCAGGCUGCUCAUACCCAGGGUCCCGGGUGGCCUGAACGGUUUGCAGUCGCUGCAGCCGCUGGUCAGCGGCGACACCCUGCUGCUGGCUGCGCAGCGGGACUGCACCGCGGACUUGGUGGGGGCCUGCGACCCGACCACGCCGUACCGUCGCUCGGACGGCGCCUGCAACAACCUGGCCAACCCGCGCUGGGGCAUGGCCGGAACGUGCAUGACCCGCCUGCUGGCGGCCGCCUACAAUGACGGCGUGAGCAGCCCGCGGCUGGCCAAGAGCGGCCAGGAGCUGCCCAACGCGCGGCUCAUCUCGUCACUGGUGCACCCGGACCGGCGCCUGCCCAGCCCGCACUUCUCGCACAUGCUCAUGCAGAUCGGCCAGUUCAUCGACCACGACCUGGCGCUGGCGCCCCUGGAGGCGGACCCCGGCGAGAUUCGUAAUCUGGGAAACCCGAACAACCCGAUCGACUGCUGCAGCCCCGACCGGUGGGUGUUGCCCGAGUGCUACUCCAUCGCGGUGCCCGCGGGCGACCCCUUCUUCGGGCCGCUGGGACAGACGUGCCUCAACCUGCCGCGCUCGGCACCCUGCUCCUGCCAGCUGGGUCCUCGCGAGCAGCAGGACUCGCUGACGUCAUACCUGGAUGCAUCGCACAUCUACGGCAGCAGCGACGACGACACCAACCGGCUCCGACAGUUUCAGUCCGGUCUCCUGCGUGCGCAGUCACUGGAGGGCGAGGAGCUCCUGCCCCAGAGCUUCUUCCCAGCCGAGGAUCGGUGCAGCAACUUGGAGACCGGCGAGAUCUGCUUCCGAGGAGGUGACGAGCGCGUCAACGAGCAUCCGGCGCUGACCAGUAUGCACACGGUGUGGCUUCGGCAGCACAACCGCGUCGCCCGCCGCCUGCAGCAGCUCAACACGCACUGGGACGACGAGAGACUCUUCCAGGAGACACGGCGCAUCGUGAUGGCGCAGUGGCAGCACAUCAUCUACUCCGAGUGGCUGCCGCCCAUCCUGGGACCCGACGCGAUGGUGCGCUACCAGCUGGUGCCCACGGGCCGCAGCCAGUACGCGCCCGACGUGGACGCCACCAUCCUCAACGAGUUCGCCGCGGCCGCCUUCCGCUUGGGCCACACGCUCAUCGACGGCGUCUUCCAGAGGAUCGACAUUGAAGGUCAGCGCAGCCCGUUCGAACUGCAAGACUUCUACUUCUUCCCCUUCUACUUGUACCACGGAGACACGGACAACGUCAUCAGGGGCCUGCUUCGACAGCCGGGACAGCACUACGACAGCUUCAUCACGGAGGGCGUCACCCACCACCUGUACCGGCUUCGCAACGACUCGUACGGUCUGGACCUGAUCGCGCUCAACCUGCAGCGGGGCCGCGAGCACGGUCUGCGGCCGUACGUGGACUACCUGCAGUACUGCACGGGCUACCAGGCCACCACCUUCGAGGACCUGCUCCAGUACACGCCCGCGCACGUCGUGCAGCUGUACAGCACGCUCUACGAUGACGUGACGGACAUCGACCUCUUCACGGGCGGCAUCACGGAGACCAGCGUCCAGGGCGGCCUGGUCGGUCCCACGUUCGCCUGCAUCCUGGGACAGCAGUUCCGUCGGCUCAAGUUCGGUGACCGGUUCUACUACGAGCACGAGGGACAAGCCGGAUCCUUCGCGCCAGAACAAGUGCAGGAGAUCCGCAAGACGACGCUGGCGCACAUCCUCUGUGACAACUGCUACUCGCUCACUUCGGUCCAGACCAGGACCAUGUUCCGCCCGGAGUUGGCAGACAACCCAGAGGUGCCCUGUGAGAGCAUACCUCGACCGGACCUGUCCUACUGGCAAUACCCGUGACGCCUGCCGCCACAUCCGCGACUCACAAAAACCCGUCUAGUCAUCCGGGCCAUCGGUGUUUCGCGCGGCGGCCACUUCCGGUCAUGCCGACCCUGCCUGCAGUUGCAGCACUCCCGGUGAUGAUGAUAAUAGUCAAAGCCACCUGGUGACUUAAAAUGCAACCUAGUGCGCCUAUUGGAGGAUUGAGUUCCAUCCGAGUAUUGUUAGGUGACAGUAUUGUUCCGAAACCUCAGCAUUCUCGUACUGCUGCACCAUGUAGUUCUGCUUGUGCCAUACCAAGUAAUCAACAGUAGCACUUUUGAAAAGGAUAGCUGGCAGCAGAGGUCUACAUGGAACUCCUGACAAAUGUAGGAAAGAUGUCAUCCUUACAUAAAUGGUAGUUGAAGAGCUAGCUGACUUCAACUAUAUAAAUAAGCUGAGUGUACGACAAUUGGAAGGAUACAGUUGAAAUGAAAAAGUGCACCGUAAGUGCACCUUUAGGGUUUCUUCUAGAUACGAUUAACAAUCUGUGGAAUGCCAAAAAUGUACAUGGAGCAUGUAUUUUUGCUGCCACAAUCAAAUGUCUUUUUUCUGUGUCUGAUAACCGUAAGAAACCGUUACUCUUGUGCGUAAUAGGGUUGACCAGCAUCUGCAAUAUCUAAAAUGGAUGUCAGAGCAUGGUAUGUCCACCAUAAUGCACAGAAAUUGUAUAAAACCCAGUCCCUGUUCUGAAUGAAAUAUCAUUGGAAUAGAUGGGACACAAGAGGCACUAAUUGAGUUGGAGUUCUGUUCUUGCAUUUUUCUUCUCAGAUUCACACAAGUCCUUGGCCAAGCAAAAUACACAAUAUUAUGCUCAGCAGAAUGGCCCUCACAUUUACAUUGUGGUAAUGACUGCCACAUUAAUGAACAUCCCACAACGAGGACCGGCAAUGAGAGCUGUUCCCUUUAACCAUAUUCUAUUUCACUACUGUGGAAGUUAGUGCUGGCUUUAGCCAAGAGGGAGUGCGAUCAUGCAAGCACACGAAUUCCUUCACCAUGUGUCCUACCGUGCCAGAGAGCCAUUUGCUUAUCCCGGCACCUCAUUAAUUUUAGUCCUCGGUCCCGAAAAACAGGGAAGAUGGCUCGUACUCCAGGCUAGCACAAGACUGCAUCUUAGGUUGCUGCGUCCCUCUUCUAGUAAGAACGAUUGGUAAACACACCUACGGAAACAUAAAUGUUUCAGAAAGACCGGAAAGUUGUGCCAACCCUCGCAAAGCAGCAUGAUAGCCGGAAGUUUGUUCAGGGAAAACGGAAUGAUGUGUGCAUCAAUGCAGAAUUCAUCUCGAGUGCUCCUUUCGUUUUUUUUUUUCUUUCUUUCUUUUUGUUGAUGCACAGCGAAUACCGAGUGCGUGGUGGCUAGAGAUUUUGAUGUGGGCAACAUGCCAAAGAUGCCCAAGCAAAAUGAAAGCACCUCAGGAGUUAUCCAAGUGCGUCACAUUUAAACAGCGGAAUACAAGGCACCGCUGACCAAGGCAACGUUCUUGGAACUAAUGUUCAUAAGAACGAUGGCUCAGUACAAUGCGCCUAGACAAUUCCAGUGGUAUGCUCAACAAAAUGGAUCAAUGGAAUCUACAUAAGAUGAACACAAACCCAUGUAUAUCGUACUGUGCAAAGAAAGUUCAAAUUCAUUUUAGUCUUAUGUGGGCCUUUAAAGCAACUCUUUAUUUUGUAACAUUGUCACUGUUGUAUCAGUAGUAUUUUCUCUGCUGUCCCCAAGCCAAAAAGAAUGAUGGCUGAAAGACAGUGACAAUGUUAUUGCACAUUACUGCAAUGUAUUUGGCUUGUCUUAUCAUACUCAUCAUUUUCACCUACCAUAUGUUCAAGAAGCUGAACUAGCUGCCUUCUGAAAAGCGAAAGCCGCACCAUCACUCAUUCUUUGCUGCUCGGUCAUGGGAACCAAACAGCAGCCAAAUCGAUGCUUGCAGUUGUGCAUUGAGCUCAGGAUUCUUGGUGACAAGCGUGGGACCUACGUCUCGUUUGAAUAAAGUUCAUGUAAAUACAGUUGACACGGCUUGUGUGACGCAUAGGUUUAACUGCAGGCCCUGUUUUAGCAACACAAGCCCAUGUGGCUAGUGUAUGCACUUCCAAUGCCACUUCCGGUUUAAGUUUACCUGGCCACUUUCAUGAAGCUUGCUAGCACGUGCGAGCUGGUUCUCUGGACACCGCUGCAUGGCAUAAACCACACACCAUGUGCACUGCUUCAAAAUAAAGCCAGUUUAAUGGAACACAUCAGCAAUGUCACCUCACAUAUACUAUCCAUCGCAAGUAUCCAUAGUAAUCACUAUCACACAUACAUCCCUGUUACACUCAAACCUCUACAUAAUGGGCACAGAUACGUUAACCAAGUAAAUCUGAAAUGUUUCUUGACAAUAUCAGCAUGCAACAAAUAUAUUUUUAUAAUGUAUAGUGAAUGCAAUGAAUACAUUAUUUUUGUCACAUGUAACGGUCUUAUGGGUUUCAGCUGCCAUAAGCCUAUUUCCAGAAACUCUCCUUUCCUUUCUUCCAUACACAACCGGCACAUGUCCCUCUCUGCCGUCUUCGUACUAUUUGAAUGUUACACAGUCAUGAAUGGCUUGCCACAAGCUAUAAUGUACGUCUUCUGCCACACUUAUCCACAGAAGACUCACAGGACUGGUCCCCAAGAUGCAAAGUGGUAAACUCCGUCCAAGACAAAACAGUCAGCAGAUUCAUGACAAAGAAAGAUAGUUUCUACAUAUCUUGAAAAAAAAGAAGAAUGUAUUUAUUGCUCAUGUGUGCUUUAUGAGAGACCAUGGAAUACAGUUGAGUGGUUAUAUUAUGUAUGUGCUAGACAAUGCUCCAAGUGCAAUGUGUGCUUUUUCAGUGAAAACGCAUCUUUAUGUAUAUGCCAAUGAAACUGCUGUCCAUGACGGUUGU